AUGAGCGCUGAGCAAAAGAUCGUUCGGCCCGACCGUGCUGAGUUCGACAAGACUAUCGAGGAACUGAAGAAGCAGCUCGAGCAGCAGCGUGCUAUUCAAAACAAGGCCAAGGCUACUAUUGAUGCCACCCAGGGCGACAAGGGCCCCGAUGCUGAGUGGAACAAGCUCAUCGAGGAGGUCAAGGAGGCCCGUAAGGUUCGUGAAGCUGCCCAUGCCAAGCUCCAGAGCAAGCUCAAGGAGAUCAAGGCUGUGGAGUCUAGUGUCCAGAAGAAGCUCAAGGAUAUUCAGGCUUUGCGUCCGAAGAAUGGUGCCAAGAACGAGCAAGAGCUCGAUGCUCAGAUCCAGCGUCUGGAGCGUGAGGCUGAUAGCGGCAACUUUUCGCUUGUCGAGGAGAAGAAGGUGCUGAAGGAAAUCACUUCCCUCAAGAACUCUCGUCGCUCCUUUGCUGCCGUCACCAAGCUGCAGGCUGACAUUGACGCUGACCGGGCCAAGAUUGCUGAGCUUCGCAAGUCUGUCGACGACAGCGAGCUUAAGGCCGCUCAAACCAAGCUUAAUGGUAUCAAUAAGCAGCUUGAUGAGCGCAAGGCCAGCCGCCAGUCCCAGCGUAGCCAGCUUGAUUCCGUCUGGACCGAGCGUAAGGCUGCCAUGACCGAGAUCAAAAAGAUCAAUGCUGCUAUGGACAAGGCCCGUGAGGAGUUCAAUACCAAGCAGGCUGCUUUCCGCCAGCAGGCUAUUGAUCGCAAGAAGGCGCGCGAGCAGGAGGAGAAGGACCGCAAGGUGGCUGCUGAGAAGGCUAAGAAGCUGGCUACUGCGGAGGCCAAGCUUGAGUCUGCCAAGCUGCCUGCCUUUGCCGAGCAGAUUGCCAAAGCGGAGGCUUUGCUUGCCUUCUUCGACCCUUCUUUCAAGGGAUCCAGUGCUGCCUCUAGCAAUGGCUCUGCCCAGACCAGCGGCCUUGUAAGCACUCGUGCUGCCCCUCGCCAGGUUGAGGCUGUUCCCGACAACGCGCAGGUCCUGUCCAAGUGCGGCCCCGACGUUAUGCCCAGCCGUAAAGAGCGCAAGCGCAAAACCAUCUCCCCCAAGCCUGACGAGGGCAAGCUCCGUCUUGAUGUUGGUAUCAUCGGCGACCUUGCCGCUCUGAACAUUGCUCUUCCCGGCGGCUCUGACGAUGUUGAGAACACCAAGAAGAGCCUGCUUGAGAAGAUCGAGUACUACAAGGAGAACGAUAAGCGCGUAACCAAGGAGCGUGUUGAGCGCGCUGAGGCUGAGCUUGCUAAGAUCAAGGCCUCCUCCACUGAGGAGACUGAGGAGACUGCUGAGGAGACUGCUGAGGAACCCACCCAGUGA